AUGUCGACAAAACCAACAACCUCUGGGCCUAUUGCGGCACAUAAAGAUCAUGAGGUUAUUUUUGGUCAUGUCGAGGGUGAAAAUCGAGGGCCAAACCCCAUGAACCCGCCAAGACGCCGGAAUGACCCGUUAUUUUGGUUGCGUGAUGAUGCUCGCAAAGACCCUGCAGUUAUCGCCCAUCUGAAACUGGAACAGGCACACUUUGAAGAGCGCACCGCAGAUAUUAAAGAAUUUGCAGAAACUGUUUAUAAAGAGCACAUUUCUCAUAUUCAAGAAACGGAUAUGUCUGCACCUUAUUUACAUGGUUCAUACAUGUACUAUACACGAGAAGUGAAGGGUCUCUCGUAUAAGAUUCACUGUCGUGUGCAAGUUGGGAAAACACCAGGAAAAGAAGGUGAAGAAGAAAUUAUUUUGGAUGAAAAUAAAUUGGCUGAAGGAAAAUCAUUUUGUGUUGUUCAUGAUGUAAAACCAGCUCCACCAGAGCAUAAACUUAUUGCAUAUUCUGUAGAUUACAGUGGAAAUGAGGUGUACAGUAUCCGUUUCUUACAAGAUGGAGCUCCAGAUGUGGUGGAUGGGACGAAUGGUGAUAUCAUUUGGGGACCAAAUGCCUCUUGUUUCUUUUAUACCACGAAAGAUGCGGCUCAACGUGAUAAUAAAAUUUGGCGACAUAUUAUGGGUCAGCCACAAUCAAAAGAUGUAUGCCUCUAUACAGAGGAUGAUCCACUUUUUUCUGCAUUUAUGGGUAAGUCUAGUGAUGGUCAAACACUUCUUGUUGGUUCUGCCUCAUCAGAAACAACAGAAAUUCAUUUAUUGGAUUUGCGUAAUGGUAAUAAUCAUAAUGUAUUGGAAACUGUUCGUCCACGUGAGAAGGGAGUACGUUAUGAUGUGGAACUUCAUGGUACCGAUACACUUAUGAUAUUAACCAAUAAAGAUAAGUGCAUGAAUGGAAAGGUGGUUCUCACCACUCGUAGUGCACCAUCUCAAUGGGGAAAUAUUCUUCUCCCACAUAGUGAAAGUGUUUUUAUUGAAAAUAUUGCAGUCUUUAAAACGUUUGCAGUCUUUGCAGGUCGACGAGAUGGACUCACUAGAAUUUGGACAAUGCAAACUGGAGAUGAUGGUUCUUUUAAUGAUGCUACUAUGCAAGAAAUAGAAUUUGAGGAACCUGUAUUCACCGCUAGACCUGUAUUCUCACACAUGAAAGAGUAUCAUACAGAGACCCUACGUCUCACUUACUCUUCCAUGACAACUCCAACAACUUGGUUUGAUUUUCAUGUGGGAAAAGGAACUCGUACUUCAGUAAAAGUUCGUGAAGUUGGUGGUGGUUUUAAUUCUAAAAAUUAUAUUUGUAAACGUUGUUUUGCUUUGGCACCAGAUGGGACAGAAAUUCCCCUCUCUAUUGUACAUGAUAUCAAUCUGGAUUUAAGUAAACCACAUCCUACCAUGUUGUACGGUUAUGGUUCCUAUGGACUUUGCAUAGAACCGGAGUUUGGUAUUAAAUAUUUACCAUAUGUGGAUCGUGGAAUGAUUUACGCCAUUGCUCAUAUUCGAGGAGGAGGUGAAAUGGGAAGAGCUUGGUAUGAAGUGGGGGCAAAAUAUCUUACAAAACGAAAUACAUUUUCUGAUUUUAUUGCCAGUGCGGAGUAUCUUAUUGAGUCUGGGAUGACGACAUCCUCUCUAUUGGCAUGUGAGGGUCGUAGUGCGGGUGGAUUAUUAAUUGGUGCUGUUCUUAAUAUGCGUCCGGAUUUAUUUCGAGUGGCUUUGGCAGGAGUUCCUUUUGUGGAUGUGAUGACAACGAUGUGUGAUCCAAGUAUUCCACUCACAACAGGAGAAUGGGAAGAGUGGGGAAACCCAAAUGAAUACAAAUACUUUGAUUAUAUGAACAGUUACAGUCCUAUAGAUAAUGUACGUGCACAGGAUUAUCCACAUCUUUUAAUUCAAGCAGGAUUACAUGAUCCUCGUGUGGCUUAUUGGGAACCAGCGAAAUGGGCUUCCAAAUUGCGGGAACUUAAAACAGACUCUAAUGAACUCUUACUUAAUAUGGAUCUUGAGAGUGGUCAUUUCUCAGCCAGUGAUCGCUACAAGUACUGGCGGGAAAUGGCAAUCCAACAGGUUUUUGUAUUGAAGCACUUGGGUGUGCGAGCUUUACUUCGGAGAUGA